UGUGAGGGCUCGACGGAGCGAUAGCACACAAUAAGUUUACGUAAGCCGUAACAGUUCCUCCCUCGGCGUAUUUUAAAGAAGACAUACCUAGCUGAUUCCAGCAGAGUGGGUUAACAAAUUGGACUCGUUUCAACUCUUCUGUAUAACAUCUUGGAUUCGUUUGAACCAAGUAUUGUCACGUCUGCGCGCUGCGACUACAAUUACUUCGAGAGUAUUUAAGGUAAGUCUAUUCAACGCAGUCGACAUUUAUAUUAACAGAGGAAUAGUGUCUUUCUUUAUUAGCUCUAAGGCUUUAACUUAGUAAGCUCUACACUGAAACUAUUUACCAUAAUCUUAUUGUGCUUGUCAGAGCUAAUUGCAUUACCCAUGCAGGACCGGAUUAUCAACGUCUUUGUCACCUAGUAGAAAACACAUUGCUGCAAACAAAAACCUUUUAGAAGUCAUUUUAUUCGAGAAGGCACAAAAUGUCACGACAAAAUGAUCUCUUUGUACUAACUGACUGAUUACAAUUUCAUGUUUAUAGAAUUCAGCUGUCGUAUCUCGGUCAUUAGAGUUCUGGUUUGGGUUCUCAGCGGUAACUUAAGUUUAAUAUUCUUGAAGCAUCGAAAUUAGGUAAUUUUCUAUCAACUCACUAUAUGUUGCUAAACUUCAAUAAACCUGCUAAAUUAGCUGAAGUAAGAGUAGAAAUUGGUCCAAUUGAAUUAGAAUAACAAAUUUUUAACAUUACGUUCCUUUGAUCAAGUUUGAUAUUGUCUUGCUGCAUCUUCUCGUGUCACAUUCUGAUGAUUUUUACAAUGUCCUAAGAAUUAUGGUCCUAAACAAAUAACUUCAGCAGCGAUUUGUGUUUUCCGUAUUAGCAGGUUGCUGUUUAAGUUCUACGUAUUUGCCUUUCCAUGCAAAUGGUAUUAAAGCGCUCAACGAGUGAAACAAAAACGGAUUGUCUCAAAUGAAGUUUUCUGUUUGUUUUUGAUGACCUUAGUAUUCACUAUCCCGCAUGUUCACAGGAUGAGUGAAGGGACCAAAGCGGCGUUUGAAAGUUUAAUAAAUCGGUUUUGCAUCGUUUUCGGUUGAUCUGGCCCGACUAGAGAACGAGCAAAGGUGUUAUACCAGAUGAGUCCCCAUAAAAUCGAAAACAAAUAUUAAAACACAUAUAGAAAAUUCACUGAAAAGCAGUUUAUUACUUUUUUAAAUAUAUUGCUUUUAUUCCUGUUUUGAUCACGCACUGAUGACGCCAGUAACGUUUUUGCAGUGAAUAUCACAUUGUCAUAUUCUCACAAAAAAAAAUUAAAAAAUUAGGAUCAUGCUAAAAAUCGUCAAGAAUUUUUCAGUCAAAUUGAAUUGUUCACAAGCUUCGGAGAAGUAAAAAAGAAAAGAAUGAAGGAAAGGUUCUCAGUGCGGAAAAUAAAGACCAACAAACUAAUUCGGUUCAACUUUGUUAAGAAUCCGGAUCUUACUAUUUCCGUGAGAAAAUACGGGUUUCCUGCAUGGCGUGAAAAAUUGGAGAAGUCAUCCGCGGCCGACGGAAAGACGGACAGAGUUAAUCAAAUCCUGUUACGUGGUGAUAAACGAUUUUAUUUUAGGCUUUCAAGCUUGCGGCUUAGCUAUAUUUAUUUGCUAGGAUUUGUACAUAUUUUUUCUUUUUCUCUUUUUUCAGUCAUCAAUGUGUUACUCGUGCUUUAAAAACUAGCUUUUCGUGAUGAAUGUUAACGUCACUUCAUCAUGUAUAUGUUUGACGUUUACUUCAAAAUUUCUUUUGAUAAUCCGUGCAGUUAAAGAACUACCGGCACAUUCGUCAAUAUCUUCGAUAGUUGCAGCUCAUCUUGUGUGCAACUUAAAAGUAUCAACUUAUUUCUUUAAGUUUGAUCAUCAAUGAUCACAUUUUUCUCGUUUACCCUCUUCGCGGCUGAUUUUUGGCCGCUUACAAAAUUAAUCUGCACUUUGCACUUUUGCGCAAAGCAAUUGAGCCUCCACUUGUGCCCAGUCUUCCCUCGUGUUCGUUUCUCGGAAGUUUGAUCGGUCAACUGAAUCAGUAAAUCUUACGACAGCGGGUGAUUUGUUUGACGUCACACGGCACCAAUGAUGCUUUGCUAUCAUGACACAUCAGCAUCACCGUCAAUAUUCAUUACUUUGAAACCAUGCGGUGAUGAUAAAAAAAACACCCAAAUGUGAUGUUCAGAAACUUAACAUGUGUCUCGUAAACUGAGCUCUGCUGAAAAAUCUCUAAGCAAAGGGGCAGGAAUUUUCACAGAAGGUAUGAUUUUUCAGCAUUAUCUAGAACGUCACAACGAAUAUCGAUUGUAAAGAUAUCUUGUGUCGUUGUUAUCGGACAUCUUCAUCACCAUCUUCAGUUAUGAGGCAAAUUAUUUUGUGUUGUAUUGCUUUAAGAGUGGUUGGCAGGUUUUAAUUUUUUGUUCAUUUCGCUCUACGUUUUGAAACAAGCAAGAAUUUUGUGCCAGCAAUGUUAAACUUGCCCAAUUUCUUCCCACGCUCGUAUGUUUCAAAAUUCAAUGUGACAACGUACAAUAUUCCGUUUAAUUUACAUCAUAAUGAUAUUGAUUAAGAAUUCACGCGACGAAACGUAUUCAUAAAAUAUUCGGUGUAUUUUGCAACAAGAAUGUUACUAGAGCAUUCUGUGUUUGUUUGUUUGAUCAAUUGCCUGAAAUAAGGAUAAAUAUAAAUACCAGGAUUGAUAAAUGCGUAAGUAGCAUGCUCAACGGCGAGAUUUUGUGCCAACCAUCACGGUAAACAACAAUUAAUAGUAAUAAUCUUUUACUUCUAAAAAAAAAUAUAAGCUUAACAAAACAACACUAAAUUAACCCCAUUUGGGCCAGUUUUGUCUUACAGAAGCAACACCGAUAUGCAGGAAAUAAUUUUUAUAUUGUCUUUCAUCUGCAUUUCCUAAUUAAAGGAAGGAAAAAGCAGUGAAGGGUCACGCGAUUAUGAACGCCCGGGUUGGAUUGGUAGACAUUUCUUUUAUGUGUUAAACGAUUUUUUUUUCAAACGACAAUAGAGCACAAUUUUCCAAAUUAGACCAUCAUUAUUUUUAAAACAAGUAUCAGGAUCUCUUUACCAGCAGACUUUUGGAUUCACAUUUUUUGCUUGAAUCCAACUUCUCGAAGCCCAAUUCAAAAAUGUUUUUGUAACAAGGACUAUUUCAAACAGAGAAGUACCUCGUUCUAUAGUAGUAGUACGGAAUUUUCAAAAGAAGAAUCACAUCUAAUUACUCUUAAUUACCUCGCGCUACGUCACAACAGCAGAAAUUACUGCCCAAGUGGCUCUCAAAGGUAUCAUUUGAAGAACUUGUGUGAGGAACACGUUAACUCUGCGGUUAUUGUCUGAUCAUUGGAUCUGAGCAAUCUCUUUAGGUCACCGCUCGAGUUAAGUACAAGGGCAGACUUUAAAUUAUACAAAAAGACUGCUGCAUGAGAGUGGAGUUCUACUCAGUUUGUAUCAGUUAUUUCACUAACUACAGGCAAUACAUAUACCAUUGCUGGGGCUUUUUUACACCAUUGUACACCAUCAGUGCAAGUUUAUCGACCUGCCAAAUGGCGAUUUAUGAACAAUGACGUUAUAAUUAUCUGGACUUUCCAUAAAUUUGUUUAACAGCAUGAACUGAUGCCUUUGACAGAAAUAUUUAUCACGAAACUCAUAAUGAAAAUAUCGAUAUUGACUUUUUCCUCAUCUUCCUGUGAAAUAUCGGUACUUUGCAAGAUAGUUGCAACUCAAAAAAGUGCGUUGAGAGCGUUCUGAAGGUAAAAAAAGCCUAAGAAAAUUUCUUCGCGGGCGAAAGCAGUCCUUCUAUUCUCCCGAAUCAUACUCAAGGUGAGAUUAAAAAAAAAAAAUGUCUGAAGUAAUGACAACUUUAUGGCGAGCUCUCUAACUAGAAGAUUACUACAUAAAACUGAACCGUCUCAAAGAAGUCGCAUUCCAAGGGAAUGACACACGUUUCUCGGAAAAAUAGAAUUGACAGUUCCUCUUUUUUCGAGAAACGUGUGUCAUCCCUUUUGAAUGCGACUUCUUUGAGACGGUUGAGUUUCAUGCAGUAAUCUUACUCUAAUUAGAGAGCUCGCCAUAAAGUUGUAAUUACUUCGGACAUUUCUUUUUUCUCACCUCGAGCACGAUUUUAGGAGAGCAGAAUGACUGCUUUCGCCCGCGACGAAAUUUUCUUAGAUUUUUUCUCUUCCGGCUUUGUCGGAUAGUAUUUAAUAUUUUCUGGAAGGUUCAUCUCUUGUUGAAAUACUACUAUCUGACGGUCUCACUGAGACCGUAGAACAGUAAAAAUUUUAGAUUUCUUCACAUCAUAUUGCACUUAACACAAAACCCACAAAAACCACUGAUUUGCUUACUUUGGUUAAUCAAUUAAUAACAAAAGUUAAUUUUUGAGCUCUUGUUAAGAUCUUCAAUAUAUUAUGUGGGCUGAUAUCUUUAUAUUCAUCAAUGCUCUUAUAUUUGCGACCACCACAUACUCUAACACAUCGAAGGAGUGGGUAAAUAGUGGCUGAAAACAGGUGGGCCUUUCUUAACUCUUGUCAAGUCAAGAGAACUAUUAUCAGUUUUAUUGGUUCAACGUAAGGUCUCAUGGUAUAACUUCAGGUAUAAGGAAAGAAAACAGAUAUGUUGGUGUCUUUUUGUAAACUAUUUUCGUUGUAAUCGAUGUCGGUCACGUUUCUAGAGUUUCAAAAUGCCGCAAAAAUUUGAAAUAGGUAAUUGUUGUCUAUUCACGCACGAUUAGAGCUUAUAAACAACCCGAUGAAGCUUGUGCUGGUGAGAGUGAGUGAGGGUAACUGAAGAGCCAGCGGAAGAAUUAGCGGGUGAGUCACAUCUCUAGCAGACAUCUAUGCAAGAUUUUCUCUUCUCAACGACCAAGCUAACAAUAAAUACAUCGACUUUCUUUAACAAUCUACCGUCUAGCGUGUUAGCAUUUUCAUUAGGACAAAGAAAAUUUAAUUAUCAUUUGAGGGAUAUUUUAAAACAAAAAGGAACGGUAGAAAAAACGUGUGAUCGUGACAAAGAGAAACCUCUUCAGACGAUACAAUAAGCAAUCGGCACGUACAAGAGUCGAGGGAUCGAUAAAGAACUUAAUUUUAGCAAGCACUUGAGAAGGAAUGCGACGCAUGCUUGACUCUAUGCUUGCACGUAGGAAGAAAACAUUGCUAUUCUUUGUAUUACAUUAAUGAGUGGGCCACUGAGAGAUGAAUCAGGGAAACGAAAACAGCGUGCUUCAGUUUAACUCUUCAGACAAAUCUUAAACGCCAGAUGAAGUAAGUAGCGAGAAAGGCGAGCGAAGCAUUCUCUUGAAUUGGUAUAAAUUUGCACGACAUUUCAACUACACGUUUUGCGUGAAGGAUGCAACAUUUAGGGAGGUUCGCGAAGGAAGGAAGCAUUGACAAACCUUAGCUGUAAUACGGGCACGUAUCAGAAAUCCUAAAUUUUAACGUCAAAGCCAAACUCCUGAGAACUGCACAAUCUCUCUGAACUGUUCUGCGUUUAUCAUUUAAAAGCUAUGACUGGACAUAAAUAUUUCAGCAUACGAAAGAAAUGAUAAUCUUUGAGGUGAAAUGGCAGCGACAGAUUAAUUGAUAAUAGCAAUCGCAAGAAUAGAGGCUUGUCUUUCGAACGUGCUCUUCAAUAGAAUGAAUUUCGAGCCGACUCAUGAACUAUAAAGAUAAUUUGAGGGAAAUAAUUUGUUUACUCGUUCUCGUGUUACCUUAAAUAACUUGGAUUUUCUAUAUUUAUCGUUGUACUGGCAUACGUAUGUUUAGCGUGUAUUAAUAGCAAAGAACAGCUUCAAAUUCCAAUACUCUCAUUUCAUGUUAGGUGUUCGAAGAAGAAGUCCUGUAAAAAUUUCGUUCACCGCCAUAACUUUGAGUCCCUUGCACCGUUCAACAAGUUCUACUUCAUUCACGUGGAAAUAUGCUAAUUUUUACACCGAUAUGGUCGCUUUAAAGCACAGAAGAACUCGAUCUUCAUAUUUGGUUGGAAGAGGGUCCUAAAAUAACUUGCAUUGUGUUCUGGUAGUCUAGUUAUGUUCGGUUUUCAAAUAUUAAUCCAAUAAUUUCAUUUACGUUUUGUACCAUCGUCAGAAUUGCAUAAGGUUUUAAUAGAUAGAGACUCCCGCACAGAAAUGUUUGUAAAAUUCUAUCCCGUUGCUUCUAAUUCCCAAAAUAACAAACACAUACAUCUGGUCAGCUCUCUGCCUCUCUGCAUAGAUUGCAAAGCAAAGCAAGUCUCUGACCUUGCACGACUUUCAAAGCAAUCUUCAUUCUCCUUGACAAGUAAUAAAGUUUGUAUCCUACGUUUGAAAUUUCGUAAUAAUAUGUAAUCGAACAAGACAAGUGCUGCGCAGAAAAAUCAUUAUUCAUAAAACCUUCUGCUUUUUUUUUAGCGAAGUCGCGGCACAGAAGAGAGUCUUGUUCUUCAGCAUACAUUUGAGAGCACUAGCUUGCUUAUAAUUUCGAGCAUCUCAAGUUUGCAAUUUUACCUAUUCUUGUAAAUGCAUGAGGAGAGAUAAGAUUUUUUUAAUCCUACCACGUAUUUGAUGUCGACUCCAAAUAUGCUUGAAAUAAUUUCUUUUCUUUCAGAAAAUGGUAGAAGCCGAACCUUGGGUGAUAGGACUCGUGGCAGGAUUGGCAGCGUUGAUUUUGGUCCUGAUUUGUAUUCUCGGCAUCUUUUGCGUUUUAUGGGCCAGGUAAUUAUAGUAUCAGAUAAUAUCAUUGUCGUCUCGCUCAUUGUUAUCAUUAUUGUUGGCUUUUCGUUAUCGUUAUCACUUUCGUAUUCGUUAUGUUAUCACUGUUUCUGCCGUUCUCGUUGUCAUUAUCAUUUUCAACUCAUAGUCACUGUCAUUGUCGUUGUUCUUGUUAUCAGUAAAUGUUAUCAUCAUCAUACUCUCUAUUUCGGAAAUACCUCAAUUUUUUAAGGUUAAGUGGUUGUUGCUAUGGUUCUCGUGAUUAAUUCAGUGAUUGGUGGAUUUGGCUGAUUGGACUUAGUAUGAUUGACUACUUCAGCAGUCCGAUUACAGGUGUCCGAUUACAGCCAACUGUCCGAUUACACUGUCCAAUUACAGCUCUGCAGAAUGAUUAGUGAAAAAUAAGGCAGCUAAUGCACCAAUCACGUUUCAGGAAAUUGUAACAGUUAUGAUUAAGCCUGUAACUACUUAUAAAGCUAAGGAAUCGAUUCAAAGUUACUAUCAUGAAGACUGUGCAAUUAUUGCUUGAGAUGUGGAACGCUUAUCUAAAAUAGUUCAUCUGCCUGCACUGUAUUUUUUGGGGCUUUUAACUCGCUUAGGUUAAUUCAGUAUCAGAAAAUUGUAAGAAUUCCAAGUAAAGAGAGAGUUGGUGAUGAUUUGUUUAUCCACGAGAGCUCAGUCUAACUUUGAUUAACGAAUUUGAUUAAAAUCCUCUUCAUCAUUCACCGUCGUUGUUCCCUUCGGUUCAUCUUUAGUGUUCGUCUACCCAACGAAACUGUUAUUCCAAGGUUCCAUUUAUUUUGAAAUUUCGUUGACUAUCACAAAAGUUGUGACGAGGCCUCUUCAACAUCACAAACGUUGAUAAGCAUUACCAUCACAGUAAACAGAAAAAGGAAAAACUGAACUUCUCAUCAUCUGAUUUCUGUAAACGCUACAUUGAAAUUUAGAUAUCAUUACACUUUUUCAACAAUACCGAUUUAAAGAUUUUUUGGAAAGUAAGAAAACUAUGAUACCUUAUUUCCCCCAUGUUCCUUUUGUAAGCAAAGUGACUGCUCUGAAUUAUCUCGCUGAUCAUCAUUAAUUGGGAAUUUAUUGUUCUCUGGCACAAUUAGGAAAGACAGCCAACGGAGACGUGAUGAGCGUGAAGAGCAACGCCGGCAACGCUUAGCAGCUCUCGCCAGUAGAAAUAGUGACUUCAUGGGAAUAGAGUCUAAUUCUGCGUCUAUGGCGUCCUCGAACAACAACGCCAACUGGGUUCUUAAAGAAAAACCACACGACUUAUUAAGCUCGCCGCCUACUUUAACUAGAGCAGCUGGGAAUGAGCCUUUCAUAGUCGGAAAAUCAAUGGUGAAAUAUUCUAACGAACUUGACAGAUCAAACAGCCUUCGACCAGGAACGCCACAAAGAUAUGUCAGCCAUAAUGAAGCUGAGCAGAGAAUGGUGCGGUUAGGGAUGAUUCCGCCAAGACGCGACGAAUUCAACGGACAUUUCCCAGCAGGUUAUUACACCGAACCUGGAAGAGGCAAGUCACAGAAAGGAAAGGCGAAAUCUCUAGAUAUGGAUGGAAGCAGAAGAUACAGUGCGGACCCGCCACAAGGGGUGGCAAUGCCCAGAUCCGUCGGCUACGUGAACGGAAGCAUCCCCCCUGGUUAUCUCACCGUGCCUGGAAAGGCCAAGUCUCCUGGUAAAGCUAAAGGUGGAAAGAGGGGGUCGAGAGAUCUUGAAAACCAGCGUUUUAGGCAUAAUAGUGAGGUGCUAGUACCUGUGAGUGAAGAGGUCCAGUUGUGGUCUAUGGAACAGAGCCAACCCCCAUUUACACUUCCUGAGGAAGAUUACAACACAGCGGGUGCCACAUGGUAUCUUUCUCCAUCCAAUGAUACGCAUGGAAUAUCCAGUGCAAGGUCAGAAAGUUCCCUGUAUCGGCCUUCGCAACCCCAAAACUAUCCAAGGCACGGUCCACAAACGUAUAACACUCAGAACGUAAAUGGAACGGUUGUGUCAGGGUCACUACCACCAGAAGGUCCGCCGCCCACUUCGCCAGGGCUAAUGGAGCAAUAUUAUGACGGUCAAGACACUACAAGACUCAAACGAGUAAAGCGUGUCGGUGUACCGACUCUGCCAAAUUAGAAAGUCCCCCACAAUGUCUUAAACAUUUAUUUGACAUCACCUUUAAAAAUUGCACUAGGAAAUGAUCGCUUCUCAGCUCAGCUUGACAAUGCAGUGGUUAUCGUUUGUGGUGGUGGCUGUAUGGAACAUGGAAUACAAUGUACAAUGUUGGUUUCUGACAGCUCAGUCCCUUAUGUUGAGGACUAUAUGUUUGUUCAUGAUGUUAUACUGGUAACCUCUGGAAGUAAAAGCAAGGGACUGGAAGAUGGAUUUUAAACUUUAAUCAUUCAAAUACGUACUUAGUCGGCUAUCUUCCUUCAUCUCCUUCCAAAAUUUUGCAUAAUUUUGGCUCGUGUUCAUUUAUGAUCAUGAAAGCACUGUUCUUUACUUGGUGCAUCAGAGAAUAGAACAAAAGCAAUUGUAUACCACAUGGUUAUAAGCAAUUGUAUACCACAUGGUUAUAAAGUAUUCGUCAGGUCUAAAAAUCUCAUUUGAGGAUGAAGCCAUCCUUAAUUAAAGUAAGACACAUAAGGCUACGCAUUUUGUGGCAAUUGCAGUGGUAGAAUGAGUAAAAAUUCCAGCCAACGCACGUUAAUCUUUAGCAAAAACCAGAGGAGGAUUGAACAUGUUAAGAUUUUAUUAUAAAAGCGUUCCUCUCUAGAUAAAGAUAUUUAGUGAAUGCUCUCCCACGUGGCGAUUUGCAAGAGGAAUAAUUGUUUAAUCUCAUCAAGCUUAUUUUAAAGCGUAUGGCUGCGUUCUUUGAAAACAAAAUAGGAAGAGAAGUAUCAAAACAAUUUAUCGACGUAAUUAAAGUUGUUUAUAUGUAAAAUAUUUUAGAAGUAAAACAGAAAAAAAUGUUUCUAUUUCUAAAGAACAUAAAGAACCUUUUAUGGCAGACAGAGUACAUGAAUUUUGGAACAAAUUUCUCACUUAUGUGACCUGUAAUGAUAUUGUCAAAUAGGCCUGCAAUUGUGGUGACAGGCACAAAGGUGGGGAUAGUUUAAUGGGAAAAAAGGGCCAGAAAAGGAGAUCAGCGAAGGCCUGGUGGGUGAUAAGUAAUUAUCAUUUCCCAUUAAGCGUGGGUGGCAC